UCCCCUCCUCCUCCUCCCGUUGGCAUCACCCCCCCCAGGGGAGAAGCCGCCUUGCAGUCGCUGGGGGACGCCUCCUCUUGAGGAAACGGGGUCUGUUGCUCAGCCCCUGAGAUACGCAGACGCGGCGGAGCAAGCUCUUCCCAUCGCUUGUAGCAAAACGUUUUAAGAGGAAAAACUCCCCUCUACGGAAGGUAAGCAAGCCCGUCCGGUUCCGAUGAAGAUGUCAAGCUACCGAACCAGGAGAGCAGAAGGGGUGGCUGCGUGAAAUGGUCUUUAACACGUUUCAAGAGGCACAGCUUGUCCUGAGAGUCACAUCUGUUGACAUUCCCUCUUCUGCUUUGACUGUUAGAUACAGAAGCCCGUCUCCCAUUUCACAGGACCGCCCAACAACACAGAGGAGUCUUUUCUGUGCGUUGUUAGCAUGUUAAUAGAAACAGUACGAAUGUGCAAACGGCCACCGGGUUCUUGCCUGGGACAUCGGUGGGCCUGCAAAGUGAGCUUCGGAGCAAUCCUUGAAUCCCUGUUUUGCUCUUGAUGCAUUUUACAGAUUGGAGCCUAAGCAGAUUCUCCGUUCCUUAGAGUGAUGGCACCAAAAUCACGCAGUGACAUUUUUGCAUUGCAAACGCACGAGGAACCAUGUCUGCUGUUUGGCUUCAGAUUGGACAGUGCGGCAACCAAAUUGGAGAAGAAUGGUGGCGGAUCGUUACCAGUAGCAAUAACAGAGAAGCUGACACGUCCCCGUUCUACUCUCGUGAUCAGAAGCUGAGCGUCCUCUGUGUAGACAGCGAACCCAAAGUGGUGAGGAGGCUACAGAAGUCAAGGACAAGGAAACUAUUCAGAGAGUCGAACCUCAUCGUGGGGAAGGAAGGGAGAGGAAACAACUGGGCUUACGGUUAUCAUGGCGUCCGUUCAGAGAGCGAGCAGAGCGUGUUCGCCCGGACGAUGGAGAGCUUGCGCAAGGAGGCGGAACGGAAGGAUUGCUACUGUGGGACGGUGCUUUUCCACAGCCUGAGUGGGGGCACAGGAGCUGGCUUGAGUUCCCGGUUGUGCGAAGCCAUCCGGGAGGAGUACCCGCUUGGCUGGAUCUUGUCCAUCUCCGUGGCCCCUCACCAAAGUGGCGAGAGUCCGCUCCAGCACUACAACACUUUGCUCGGCCUUUCCUGGCUUCAGAGGUACGCAGACGGCAUUCUUCUGUUCCAGAAUGAUGAGGUCUUGAAACGAGCCGCCACUGUCGCCCUGCCGGGGAAGGGCGCACCCGAAACCUCAGGCCGGCUCUCUUUCUCAGCCAUGAACGCCUAUAUGGCCUCCUGUCUUGCUGGGCUUCUCUAUCCACUCAAGAUUUUCACAACACCAAGUGGGAUCAGCCUGGGGAUGGAGCCCUGGGAGCUGCUGCGAUCCGUCUGCCCCCUGCCGAACCUCAAACUCCUUCACGCAGCUCAAGGUGGCGCAAGGGGGACGGUGUUUUGGGACAGCCUGGCAUCCUCCGUGGCACAGCUCCUCCCUCGGGAGUCUCCCGCUGGAAAUCCUCAUCGCAGCACUGCUCUGCUGGCUGUGGCCCGUGGACCCCAGGAGGACGCCUUUCUCUUGAACCAUGGUUUGGUUUUGAAGAAGCUCAAGCAGGCCUACCGCUGUGUGUCGUGGAACCCGUUUCCUGCCACUUACUGGACAGAUGCCGCCAGCCUUGCAAAUCCAGGGGGCCCCAGUCACACGUUGACCGUCUGUGCCAACCAUAGCAGCUCCGUGGACUUCCUGCAGAGGGUGGAGCAGCGGGCGCAAGCCAUGUACCAGAGCAACGCCUUCCUCCACUGGUACUGGAGGCACGGCUGUGAGGAAGGUGAUUUUGAGCAGGCCUUCGAGACGCUUCGUUCGGUCGUGGAGGAUUAUGGCCAGCACGGCGACUAGAGCGCCUCUGGAUCGGGAACCUCGACGAGGACACGUUCGAGCCGUCCUCCGGAGAGGGCGGCUUCCCGAGGAAUACUGGCAUUACCGUACCAUCCUUACCAGCAUGGAUGUGGCACUAGAGAAAGAACAUUUCCGGACAUUUUGCAUCUCUGGGGUGGUGCUGGGCAAAACGGUGCGGCUCCGAUCCAGCUGCCCUCAGAACGUAUCCUUUCCCCCACAAUAGCAACCACUGGAACGAUUCUGAUCCGGGAAUACAGGCAUAGAAGAUGUGACGGCAGAAGGAGUCACCUGCAAAACGGCUUUUCAGGACACGGUUGUCAGCGUGCGCUGUCCCCAAUCCCACCACUUCUGUACUGAUUUCCCCUGAAAUAAAUGAGCACCCUUGUGCUCAAGCCAUUGCAAAACUAUUCCUGGGGAGUGGGGCCAGAAAUGUUUUUAAUGCGGCCAGCAUCUUCUUGUAUCAGGAAUUCUUUCGUGCAGAGAGAGGCUGGACAGAUGUUCUUGACCCUCAGCAGCUUAGAGAAGGGUGAGGAAUUACAGGAGGCCCCAUCUGGCAUGAUCCGGACUCUUCAUGAUCAAUCAACAUGCGAAUUGAAAGCGGGGAGAGGAAUAUCGAAAAGGAAAUUAUUUUAAAGAUCUCCGGAACAUAGUUUUAGAACCUGUGUUUGGGAAAGGAAAGGGAAAUACUAAAGGGCAAGAUUCGCUCUCCUCCUGGAGAGAAACAGGACAUAAAGUAUGAAGUUAAAAACGUUGACUAGAUACCGGGCGGUGGAGGGGGUGCAAUUCACAUGAAUUGUAUGAUGUCUCUCGAGGUUAUUGAUUUGUGUGCAUUUUUCUCUUGCUUUUAUAUAAAUAUAUUUGUAUUUUCUGCAUUAAUA